GGCCAAAAGUCAACACACAUUAAAUAACCAUUAAUUAAUUAACGAUUGAUUGUGGUAAAAACAAUUAAUUAAUCUACCAACACCAUUUAUUAAACAACAAUAAUAAUAAUAAUAACAGCAAAAACAAUGAAACAAACGGACGGUAAGGACGAUAAUCGGGUGACAGUCGACGAUCACGUGAAUGAAGCGGACGACCCGUUGGCCGAAGAGUUUGACACAACAGACUUACCCACAUCGUUGAUCAUCACCAACAUUGACAGCCGGUGUUUCGCAGCCACAUCAGACAUCAGGGACUAUUUUGAGGACACGUUCAAAACGUUUGACCCGUCGGCCACUUUCCAGUACUUCAAGAGUUUCCGUAGGGUUCGCGUCAACUAUGGCGACGGUAUGAGCGCAGCCCAGGCCAGGAUCCGGUGCCAUCAGAUGCGUGUCGGCGACGAGAUUAUUAACUGCUAUUUUGCCGGGGUUAGUUUGUUUCACCAACACUAAUUCACCCAUA